AUGCUGUGUUGGCCAUUGGCGGGCGCGGAGCAGAGGAUGAACAAGGUGUUUAUAACCAACGACAUGGGCGUCGGGGUGGAGAUGGAGGGCUACAUGACAGGUUUCAUCAAGGCUGAAGAAAUAGAGGGGAAGGUGAGGCAAGUGUUUGAGGCCGGAGAAGGGACGAGGCUUAGGAAACGAGCACCGCAGCUGAAGAAAGAAACGGAGGAAGCGCUGGAGGACAGUGGCUCGUCGCAGGCGGCAUUUCUCCGAUUCUUGUCAGAUGUUGCAAAUCUUAGAGAGUAG